AUGUUGAAAAAGUCGCAUCAUCACCACGGAGCCAAGUCUACUUCCUUGUUCGAUAUACGGUUAAAGAACCUCGACCACGACGUGCUAGUCCUCAAGGGUAACGAACACGAGGCAGGGUCAGUGCUAUUAUCAGGGAACAUAGUGUUGUCGGUCAACGAGCCUAUUUCGAUUAAAAAGAUCUCGCUCCGGCUAUAUUCGACAUUGCGAUUGAAAGCGGAUCUAACCUCGCCGUCGUCCGCAGCUGCAGGAUCUAGCAGGAAGUUGCUUACCUUCACAAAACAAGUAUACGAAUACAGCUGGGACCCAAACGAAUUUAGCCAAUACAUCGAUCAUAUACACGAGGGCGACCAUGAAGGUGCGGCAAACCACCCGCAUCCUUUGCAAAAGAACCACUCUACAACAUCUUUGAAAGGGUUGCGCUCGAGAAGUGCCUUGAGCUUGACCCAUUUGGCCUCGUCAAACUCGUCAACCAACCUUGCCACCUCGGCCUCGAACCACACUUUGGUCCAAGGAAACUAUGAAAUCCCCUUUAGUGCCAUCUUGCCCGGUAACAUGCCUGAGUCGAUUGAGGGCUUGCCCGGUUGUUCACUCAUAUACAGGUUAGAGGCCACAAUCGACCGCGGCAAGUUCCACAGCUCAAUGGCUACAAGAAAGCACAUUCGAGUGGUGCGAACAUUAACCACUGACGCGGUAGAGCUAACGGAGACGAUUGCCGUUGACAACACCUGGCCCAAAAAAGUGGAGUACUCGUUGAGCUGCCCCACUAGAGCCUUGGCAGUCGGCAGUAGGACUCCAAUCAGUAUGAUGCUUAUCCCCUUGGCCAAAGGUUUGGGUCUAGGAGACAUCAAGAUUCAAUUGAUAGAGUUUUACUCAUACAUGGGAAACGUGCCACCCAUGCACAGCGCUGAGCGAGUGAUUGCAAGCAAAAAGAUUUCGGAAAAAAACUCAAACGGAUUUGAGCUUGAGUUCGACAAGUGGGAAAUUGAAACUUUUUUAAAGAUCCCCGCGAGCUUGUCCAAGUGCUGUCAAGACAUCGAUGCCCAGCACGUGAAAGUGAGGCACAAGCUCAAGUUCAAUAUCGGAUUGAUCAACCCCGAUGGCCACGUCUCCGAAUUAAGAGCAUCGUUACCGGUGCAGUUGUUUAUCUCCCCGUUUGUCACAAUCAGCUCUAGGCAUGACGCGGAGCUAUCUGAGGAUGACGGCACAACCGAAGAGGACGUUUUGUUCACGAGCGACUCUUACGACCAGUUGAACAACUUGGAAGGGCAACCAAAUAACAACGGCCAUUCCAGCAAUGGCUCGCACACUUCCCUUACUGGACUUGUCGCGCCACCAUUGUAUGAACGGCACAUAUACGACCGUCUUUGGAACGAUGUGUCCCCUAUCGAAACGCCAAUAACGUCGGGUGCCAGUACACCAAGGAGCCGACCCGAUGCUUACGGUCAGUUUUCCAUGCAGCCGUUGGAUUCGUCGGCUUUAAGUGAAAACUUGCGGCAGUUGAGUUUGCAAAGACAAGCUCAAGAAACCAACCAGCAGCAGCCCCGAAGCGCAACAUUUGACCUUGAUGACGAUGAAGACCACCAUCCAGAACACACAACGAGUCACCAUGCAAGCGAGCUUCGCACACGAUCACCGGGUCUUGCUAGAAACCACAGCUUUUUGCGAGACCAUACAAUGACGCCACCCGUGCAUUUAUCCAGGGUCAACUCCAGUGCAAGCAUGUUGAACAGCAACGAGAUGUCAAAAGUCCCCUCAUACAGCCAAGCCAUGAAGAGCGAUAGAAACGAUGAUUUUUCGCCGGCGUAUGAGCCCCCGUCGCCAAACUUGCCCAUCAACUUGCAUGAAGUCAAUCGAAAUUUAGCAAACCAUGCACAGGGCCGUCCUACAAACUCGCGCGGGUUGAGCUCCUUAACUGCUUCAAGAGGUUCUUCACAGGGUUCAUCUCCUUCGACUUCAAGAAAUGUUUCUUCUUCGAAUUUGAGAGAUUUGCUUUCGCUGCGGAAAUCGUCCAAUAAUUUAAGUGCUUUCCCUGCACCCAUCCCUCAAAGAACACCCAAUGCAUUGAGCGUUCCUGGUGGUAGUAACAACAACAAUGGCGGCCCUCUGGCUCCGCAUUCAUUGUCAACUAGCCCCACCGGCACCCAAAUCCGCCAGCCAAGUCCCUCCACCGAGCAAAGUGUGGGGAGACUAUCGAGCAGUGCGUCAGACCGUUCGGCACUAAUGCCAAACCGAACGAGCUCGAGCCUCAAUUUGCAAAAUUUGAAUCUCUUCAGUAAGAAAAAGGAUAAAAAAUAG